GGUGUAAAUUGUCAAAAUCACAACUCUCAAGUUUUCUUCAUAAGAAUCCAUAAACCCUAACCCUAGUUUUGCCCCCAAAAAUUUCCGACCGCCAUCAUCAAUACAUACAUAUAUAACUCACCACCUCGUCAUUACGAUUCCCGCGGUGAUGGAAAUCUCCGGUUUUCUAUACGACACCCUAUCACCUCUAACAACCACCACCACCACCGUUGCCGGACCACCAACACCACCGCCAGCGGAAACCGAGGGAAACGAUUCAGAACCGUACUUUUUGCUGCGUAACAACAUACCCAUAUCUUCAAAUUCGACGCCGUUGUCGGAAACUACCGCGCCGGAGUUUUUCUCCCUCGACGGUGAUGAUUUUCAAACGCCGACGCCAAAGUUGAAACGGUCUCGGUUAGCUACACCUGAUAUUGAACCUGAAAGACGGCUUGAAACCGGUUGGUUUCGUGCUAAUUGUAAGGUUAAAAGCCCCAUGCUUCAGCUUCAUAAAGAGAUACUGGAUUUCUGUGAUUUUCUAUCUCCAACGGCCGAAGAGCAAGUGUCACGAACCACAGCGGUUGAAAGUGUUUCUGAUGUUAUAAAGUAUAUUUGGCCCAAAUGCAAGGUAGAGGUUUUUGGUUCAUUCAAGACCGGUUUGUUUCUGCCAAGCAGUGAUGUUGAUAUGGUGAUACUGGAAUCGGAUAUUCGAAGUCCUCAAAUGGGUUUACGUGCUCUUUCCAGGGCUUUAUCACAAAGAGGUGUUGCAAAACAGAUCCAGGUGAUUGGCAAGGCUCGUGUGCCGAUUAUCAAGUUUGUGGAGAAAAGAAGUGGCAUCUCUUUUGAUGUAAGUUUUGAUAUGGACAAUGGACCAAAAGCUGCUAUAUAUAUACAGGAUGCUAUAUCUAAGUGGCCCCCUUUAAGGCCACUGUGUCUGAUUUUGAAAGUUUUUCUGCAACAACGAGAAUUAAACGAGGUGUAUUCAGGUGGGAUUGGGUCCUAUGCGCUCCUGGCUAUGUUAAUAGCAAUGUUGCGGAACUCAUCGGAUACCCACGCUUAUCCAGAACGUAAUCUUGGAGUUCUCUUGGUAACCUUUUUUGAUAUGUAUGGGCGUAAGUUGAACACGUCUGAUGUUGGCAUAUCUUGCAACGAGAGCGGCACAUUCUUCUCUAAGAAGAGCAAAGGGUUCUUAAAUGCAACCAGACGGUCACUGAUUUCCAUUCAGGAUCCACAGACUCCGGAGAACGAUAUAGGCAAAAAUUCAUUCAAUUAUUUCCAGAUUAGAUCUGCAUUUGGAAUGGCAUACUCAACUCUGACAAACACAAAACUCCUUAUGAGUCUAGGACCUGAAAGCAGCAUCCUUGGUACCAUUAUAAGACCAGAUAAGGUAUUGUUGGAGCGAAAAGGAGGUUUAAACGGUGACGUGACAUUUACCAAGUUACUCCCUGGAGCUGGAGAACAGAUACAGAACGACUUCAGUGAACAUGACGGACUAUUUUGUAAUUGGAAUCUAGAUGAUGAAGAACCAUUACCCCGUGGAAAGGAAGUUGGUGGUUGUGAUAAUGUUGUUACAGAGACUGUAAAGAAGUCAAAGAAAGUGGUCAAGGUGAAGAAGGUCGUCAAAAAGAUGAAAAAGGUUCCCAUCAAGAAAAGAAAAAGAUUGUCAUCAGAGGCCGAAAGUUAAAAGAUUUCUAUUGGAAGGGAUAUGUUUAUUCACUUCUAUGAGCAUUGCGGCUCAUGCAUGCGCAUUUGUAGAUGAUGUUGUGCUUGUAGGAGUAUCCUAGAAAUCUUGGUCAAUUUUUUUUGUUAAGUUUAUAUGAUAUACCUGGUCCUUAAAGUCAAUAGGUUCAGCAAGAGUUCUAUGCUCUGGUUAGUUUUUGCUGACGGACCUCAAUUCCCAAUAUUUAUUUUAUUUAGUUAGAUGGUCAAUUUUUUGUUCAACUUGAUGUUAUUGGGGAGCAUAUUUAGCAUGUAAUUUAAGUCAGUAUGGAAAUGGAAAUGGAAUUGUCAGUUUGCUAUAA